CGUUCCAGUUUAUGGGUCCCACAUUUAAUUAGUUCCGGCUUAAUGUUUCUCCGCUUCCUAGAGAGCUCAUCUGAUACCGAUUCGGCUGGUUGGGCGGUUGGAAAUUUGGCUACAUUUUUUCUUUGAAAAACACAAUCAAGAAAAAUUGACCCGGAACCAUGGCAGUGAACACGGGUACAUCCCUGGUUCUGUCCAGUCUGCUGUCCGUGCUUGUGUUUGCCGGCAUGCAGAUGUUUAGUAAGCAACUGGCAUCCACUGAGUGGCUUACCAUCCUGGGGGGUUUCCUGGGCUCCAUCCUUUUUAUCUGCUCUCUUACUGCAUUUAGUAAUCUGGAAAAUCUUUUCUUUGGGAAAGGGUUCCAAGCAAAGAUCUUCCCAGAAAUUGUGCUGUGCUUGUGCCUGUCCUUAUUUGCUUCCGGUCUGGUUCAUCGCGUGUGUAUUACCACAUGUUUGAUAUUCUCUCUUUUCGCCUUGUACUACAUCAACAAAAUAUCUGCUGCCCUCUACCAAGCGACUGCACCCUCAGCAGUGCCAGUGAAGGUGGCCACGAAGGGCAAGAGGAAGAACUAAUUAAGACCUGAGUAACUACAAAAAACAUCCAACUUCACAAAAACUUUCAUAUCCAUGUUCCAUUAAAUAGAUGACUCUACCGCAGUCUUCCUGUUUGUCCAUUUCUAGUCAUUUUGUAAUUAAACAGUGAAAACCCUUUAAUGUGUUCUGUCC